AUGGGCAACUCCAUGAUCAUCCUGACAAUUGCCCUCCAUCCACAUCUGCACAAACCCAUGUACUUCUUCAUUGCUAACCUGGCUCUAGUAGACAUUUUCUGUACCUCUUGUGUUCUGCCCAAAAUGAUGCAUAACCUGAUACUUGGGAAGAAAAUCAUUUCAUUUCAUGGCUGCAUGGCUCAGCUCUUUACCUUCUUGCUCUCAACAGCAACAGCGCUUGUGCUCAUCACUGCCAUGACCUUUGGCCAGUACAUGGUCAUCUGUCAUCCCUUAUACUAUGUAACCAUCAUGACCAAGAGAGUCUGUAUCACAUUAGCAGGCUGCAUCUGGUCAAUGGCAGCUAUCAAUACCUUAGGGAACACAUUGUUCAUUGUUCAUCUAGAUUUCUGUGGAUCUAACCUCAUCAAGCACUUCUUCUGUGAGAUCUCACCUCUGCUGGCAUUGUCCUGCAGCUCAACUUACCUCAACCAAUUCAUGGACUUUGUGGCUGAUAUUUGCCUAGCCAUGGGAAACUUCUUGCUGAUCACUGUAUCUUAUGGCUUCAUCAUCAGAAGCAUCCUGAACAUUCAGGGCUCAGAAGGGCAGCAAAGAGCAUUCUCCACAUGUUCCUCACAUCUUGUUGUGGUUGGCCUCUACUACUCCACUAUCAUCUACACCUACAUCCAGCCACCCUCUAGCUAUUCCCUGGAUAAGGACAAGAUGGUGGCUAUGCUCCAUACACUGGUGAUUCAUGGUGAGUCCUCUAAUCUACAGCCUGUGCAACAAGGAAGUCAAAGUGGCCUUCAGUAA